AUGUUCCUCCCCAUCUGUUCCUCCCCAUAUGUUCCUCCCCAUCUGUUCCUCCCCAUAUGUUCCUCCCCAUAUGUUCCUCCCCAUCUGUUCCUCCCCAUAUGUUCCUCCCCAUCUGUUCCUCCCCAUAUGUUCCUCCCCAUAUGUUCCUCCCCAUCUGUUCCUCCCCAUCUGUUCCUCCCCAUAUGUUCCUCCCCACCUGUUCCUCCCCAUCUGUUCCUCCCCAUAUGUUCCUCCCCAUCUGUUCCUCCCCAUAUGUUCCUCCCCAUCUGUUCCUCCCCAUCUGUUCCUCCCCAUAUGUUCCUCCCCAUCUGUUCCUCCCCACCUGUUCCUCCCCAUAUGUUCCUCCCCAUCUGUUCCUCCCCACCUGUUCCUCCCCAUAUGUUCCUCCCCAUCUGUUCCUCCCCAUAUGUUCCUCCCCAUCUGUUCCUCCCCAUCUGUUCCUCCCCAUAUGUUCCUCCCCAUAUGUUCCUCCCCAUCUGUUCCUCCCCAUCUGUUCCUCCCCACCUGUUCCUCCCCAUAUGUUCCUCCCCAUAUGUUCCUCCCCAUCUGUUCCUCCCCAUCUGUUCCUCCCCAUCUGUUCCUCCCCAUCUGUUCCUCCCCAUAUGUUCCUCCCCAUCUGUUCCUCCCCACCUGUUCCUCCCCAUAUGUUCCUCCCCAUAUGUUCCUCCCCAUAUGUUCCUCCCCAUAUGUUCCUCCCCAUCUGUUCCUCCCCAUCUGUUCCUCCCCAUCUGUUCCUCCCCAUCUGUUCCUCCCCAUAUGUUCCUCCCCAUCUGUUCCUCCCCAUAUGUUCCUCCCCAUAUGUUCCUCCCCAUCUGUUCCUCCCCAUAUGUUCCUCCCCAUCUGUUCCUCCCCAUCUGUUCCUCCCCAUAUGUUCCUCCCCAUCUGUUCCUCCCCAUAUGUUCCUCCCCAUCUGUUCCUCCCCACCUGUUCCUCCCCAUAUGUUCCUCCCCAUCUGUUCCUCCCCAUCUGUUCCUCCCCACCUGUUCCUCCCCAUAUGUUCCUCCCCAUAUGUUCCUCCCCAUCUGUUCCUCCCCAUCUGUUCCUCCCCAUCUGUUCCUCCCCAUAUGUUCCUCCCCACCUGUUCCUCCCCAUAUGUUCCUCCCCAUAUGUUCCUCCCCAUAUGUUCCUCCCCAUCUGUUCCUCCCCAUCUGUUCCUCCCCAUAUGUUCCUCCCCAUCUGUUCCUCCCCAUCUGUUCCUCCCCAUCUGUUCCUCCCCAUAUGUUCCUCCCCAUCUGUUCCUCCCCAUAUGUUCCUCCCCACCUGUUCCUCCCCAUCUGUUCCUCCCCAUCUGUUCCUCCCCAUAUGUUCCUCCCCAUCUGUUCCUCCCCAUCUGUUCCUCCCCAUCUGUUCCUCCCCAUAUGUUCCUCCCCAUCUGUUCCUCCCCAUCUGUUCCUCCCCAUCUGUUCCUCCCCAUCUGUUCCUCCCCAUAUGUUCCUCCCCAUAUGUUCCUCCCCAUCUGUUCCUCCCCAUCUGUUCCUCCCCAUCUGUUCCUCCCCAUAUGUUCCUCCCCACCUGUUCCUCCCCAUCUGUUCCUCCCCAUAUGUUCCUCCCCAUCUGUUCCUCCCCAUCUGUUCCUCCCCAUCUGUUCCUCCCCAUAUGUUCCUCCCCAUCUGUUCCUCCCCAUCUGUUCCUCCCCAUCUGUUCCUCCCCAUCUGUUCCUCCCCAUAUGUUCCUCCCCAUCUGUUCCUCCCCAUCUGUUCCUCCCCAUAUGUUCCUCCCCAUCUGUUCCUCCCCAUAUGUUCCUCCCCACCUGUUCCUCCCCAUCUGUUCCUCCCCAUCUGUUCCUCCCCAUCUGUUCCUCCCCAUAUGUUCCUCCCCAUCUGUUCCUCCCCAUCUGUUCCUCCCCAUCUGUUCCUCCCCAUCUGUUCCUCCCCAUCUGUUCCUCCCCAUCUGUUCCUCCCCAUCUGUUCCUCCCCAUCUGUUCCUCCCCAUCUGUUCCUCCCCAUAUGUUCCUCCCCAUAUGUUCCUCCCCAUAUGUUCCUCCCCAUCUGUUCCUCCCCAUCUGUUCCUCCCCAUCUGUUCCUCCCCAUAUGUUCCUCCCCAUCUGUUCCUCCCCAUCUGUUCCUCCCCAUCUGUUCCUCCCCAUCUGUUCCUCCCCAUAUGUUCCUCCCCAUCUGUUCCUCCCCAUCUGUUCCUCCCCAUCUGUUCCUCCCCAUCUGUUCCUCCCCAUCUGUUCCUCCCAUAUGUUCCUCCCCAUCUGUUCCUCCCCAUCUGUUCCUCCCCAUCUGUUCCUCCCCAUAUGUUCCUCCCCAUCUGUUCCUCCCCAUCUGUUCCUCCCCAUCUGUUCCUCCCCAUCUGUUCCUCCCCAUAUGUUCCUCCCCAUCUGUUCCUCCCCAUCUGUUCCUCCCCAUCUGUUCCUCCCCAUCUGUUCCUCCCCAUCUGUUCCUCCCCAUCUGUUCCUCCCCAUAUGUUCCUCCCCAUCUGUUCCUCCCCAUCUGUUCCUCCCCAUAUGUUCCUCCCCAUCUGUUCCUCCCCAUCUGUUCCUCCCCAUCUGUUCCUCCCCAUCUGUUCCUCCCCAUCUGUUCCUCCCAUCUGUUCCUCCCCAUCUGUUCCUCCCCAUCUGUUCCUCCCCAUAUGUUCCUCCCCAUCUGUUCCUCCCCAUCUGUUCCUCCCCAUAUGUUCCUCCCCAUCUGUUCCUCCCCAUCUGUUCCUCCCCAUCUGUUCCUCCCCAUCUGUUCCUCCCCAUAUGUUCCUCCCCAUCUGUUCCUCCCCAUCUGUUCCUCCCCAUCUGUUCCUCCCCACCUGUUCCUCCCCAUCUGUUCCUCCCCAUCUGUUCCUCCCCACCUGUUCCUCCCCAUAUGUUCCUCCCCAUAUGUUCCUCCCCAUCUGUUCCUCCCCAUCUGUUCCUCCCCAUCUGUUCCUCCCCAUAUGUUCCUCCCCAUAUGUUCCUCCCCAUCUGUUCCUCCCCACCUGUUCCUCCCCAUAUGUUCCUCCCCAUCUGUUCCUCCCCAUCUGUUCCUCCCCAUCUGUUCCUCCCCACCUGUUCCUCCCCAUCUGUUCCUCCCCAUCUGUUCCUCCCCACCUGUUCCUCCCCAUAUGUUCCUCCCCAUAUGUUCCUCCCCAUCUGUUCCUCCCCAUAUGAAUGAGGAAGGGCGGGCUGGAGAUGGUGAGAUGGGAAGAGCGGAUGGAAACGCGGAUGACGAGGGGAAGCGCGAGUGA